UUUCAAAAUGUCAUCAGUCAAACGCUUGGUUUAUGCAGUCAUCCAUUUCUUGAGAGAGCAGAGUCAGAUGGAUACUUUUACUCCAGAUGAACAAGAAAGUUUGGAAGUUGCAAUUCAGUGUCUGGAGACUGUGUUUAAGAUUAACCUGGAAGACACUCAUCUUGCACCUCCACAGCAUUUGAUAGAAAUGUUCACAAAUUCUUUUCACAAGAAUGACAUGCUGCCUCUCUCAGAUUCUUUACCAGAGGACGUUGAAAAGGCUGACCAACUGAAGGAUGAAGGUAAUAAUCAUAUGAAAGAAGAAAAUUAUGGUGCGGCGGUGGAUUGUUAUACUAGGGCUAUAGAACUGGAUCCAAACAACGCAGUCUAUUACUGCAACAGGGCUGCUGCCCAAAGUAAGCUCAACAACUACAGUGAAGCAAUAAAGGAUUGUGAGAGAGCCAUAGCAAUAGAUCCAAAGUACAGCAAAGCAUAUGGGAGAAUGGGGUUGGCUCUGACCUCAGUGAAUAAAUAUGAAGAAGCAGUUACCAGUUACCAAAAAGCACUGGAUCUUGAUCCAGAGAAUGACUCUUAUAAGUCAAAUUUGAAAAUAGCAGAACAGAAACUAAGAGACAUGUCCAGUCCUACUGGAACUGGACUGAGUUUUGACAUGGCAAGCUUGAUAAACAAUCCUGCCUUCAUUAGUAUGGCAGCAAGCUUAAUGCAGAAUCCUCAAGUUCAACAAUUGAUGUCAGGGAUGAUGUCAAAUGCCAUUGGUGGCCCUGCUGCAGGUGUUGGUGGCCUGUCAGAUUUGUCCAGCCUGAUCCAUGCGGGGCAGCAGUUUGCACAACAGAUACAGCAGCAGAAUCCAGAGCUCAUAGAGCAACUGAGAAAUCAUGUCCGGAGCAGAUCUUUCAGUGGCAGCACUGAAGAGCAUUCCUGACUGAAAGGAGGCACGUGAAUUGGAAUGGUAUAUAACCCCAAAAUGCAUACCAUAGUUAGUAGCAAAAGCACCAUUGUAACUCUUCUGCUUGAAUAGAAGACAGAAAAUUCUUUGUGCGUGUUUGCAAACAAGAAUAAAUCUGUUAAACAGAUCUAUUGCACAUAACUUGGAACAUAUAGUUUAUGUAUAGUAACUCCUCUGAAAAUUAAUAAUAAAAUAAAAAAAUAGGUGGUUUAUUAAAAUCCCUAAGUACAA